AUGUUUUACUCAGAACAGCUCUUGACGAAAGAAGGGCCGUUGGCACACGUAUGGUUGGCAGCCAACUUGGAGAAGAAACUCUCCAAGCAGCAGCUUUUGCAGGCCAACAUCACAAAGUCCACGGAGGCCAUCGCGUCGUCUUCGGCGGAAAACCAGAGCUCCCAGGCGGUGGCUAUCCAGCCGCUCGCGUUGCGUCUCUCCGGGCAAUUGUUGCUCGGGGUGGUGCGCAUCUACUCGCGCAAGGCCAAGUACUUGCUUGACGACGUAGCGGACGCGUUGUUGCGGUUGAAGUCUGCGUUCAAGAGCAGCAAUUCGGUGACGUUGCCUGUUGACGAAACGGUUGUGCCCCUGAUCCGCAGCCUCACCUUGCGCGACACCGUUACCGGCACGGAUUUGUUAUACCAGGAGCCGUUGAACUUGAACUUUGACGACUCGGCUGUGAAUUUUUCAGCCAUUCGUCACGACACGGCGAACCUCCACACCAGCUUGUUUGCGCAUUCGCAACCUGACUUCAACACCUCCAUCGAGAUCCCCAGAAGACACCAGCGGGACGAUUUGGAACAACGCGACGAUGAGGACGACUUGGACUUGAACUUUGACAUUGACUUGCCUAAGGACGAUGCAUUGGACUUGGGCUUGGACUUUGACACGUCUGUAGAGGUUGGCCGAGCCGGUGAAGCGCCGUUGGCCGAUGAAAUGACCGUUUUUCCAGAAUUAUCCUUCCCUGAGGAGCACCAGCAGGAUUUUGAUAUGGGCGGUGACUACGCGUUUGACUACCCAUCGCCACAGCCAGAGGAAAAAACCAUGCCGUUGACCCCUAAAGCACGCACUGCAACCGAGAUGCUUCCGUCGCCCGAGACCCACACCAGACAGAGGAGGAUGAGGCCAAUCGGGUUGACUGACUCGGGAAUCAGAACCCUCAGAAAGCGGUUGAUGGUGGAUGAGACUACGGAGAUUCCCGCUGACCAGUUGAGAAGGGAAACGAUAUAUCCAGCCGAAGGCUUGUCUGUUGAUGCCCGUUUGCAGCUGGUGCGAGCCAAGGGGACGUCUUUUUUGUUUGGCAGGUUUGCCCAAGAAGUCACCUCCGAGUUCAAGCGAAGAUGUGUGGCCUUAAGGAACCACGGGGAUGUGAAUGCCGUUCCUCAGUCGACCCCUGAGGCGCCGCAUGGGGAGCAGAACGAUUACGAGGAGAUGGUUCAAGACUUUGACCUUCCGCAGCCAGAGAGCGAGGAUGAGCGUGUGGACCAAUUCGGCUUUGACAUCGGCAACCAGUUGGGCUUGCAGUCUCCAGAAGCACAGGCUGAGGAAGAUGAGUACACCAAACAGGCUAGCGAGUCCAUUGUGUCACGGUCCACCUACAAAAUGGCUGGCCAGUUGCGCGAGGUGUUUGAGACAGGUGACACUGCCACCACCUUUGCAGAGGUGCUUUUGUUCGAUACCGCAUCCGAGCAGCCAUUGUCACUGCAGCCAAAGAAACAGGCCACCAGGGCUUUCUUUGAGUUGUUGGUCUUGGCCACUGGCGAUGCCGUCAGCUUGAAGCAGGCGGAGAACUUUGGAGAGAUCAAGAUUUCUGCCAGAGGGAACCUCUACACCAGGUUUGUCUAG